AUGCAGAUUUUUGUCAAGACCCUUACCGGCAAGACCAUCACGUUAGAGGUCGAGUCUUCUGAUACCAUCGAUAACGUUAAGGCCAAGAUCCAAGACAAAGAGGGUAUUCCUCCAGACCAGCAGCGUCUUAUCUUCGCUGGCAAGCAGCUUGAAGAUGGUCGCACGCUGUCGGAUUACAACAUUCAGAAGGAGUCCACCCUUCAUCUGGUCCUGCGUCUCCGCGGAGGCAUGCAGAUCUUCGUCAAAACCCUCACGGGUAAGACCAUCACGUUGGAAGUCGAGUCCUCCGACACCAUCGACAACGUGAAGGCGAAGAUCCAAGACAAGGAAGGCAUCCCUCCUGACCAGCAACGCCUCAUCUUUGCUGGAAAGCAGUUGGAAGACGGUCGCACACUCUCAGAUUACAACAUUCAGAAGGAAUCCACCCUUCACCUGGUCCUGCGUCUCCGCGGAGGCAUGCAGAUCUUCGUUAAGACCCUCACGGGUAAGACCAUCACGUUGGAAGUCGAGUCCUCCGACACCAUCGACAACGUGAAGGCGAAGAUCCAGGACAAAGAAGGCAUUCCUCCUGACCAACAACGCCUCAUCUUUGCCGGAAAGCAGUUGGAAGACGGUCGCACACUCUCAGAUUACAACAUUCAGAAGGAAUCUACCCUUCACCUUGUACUGCGUCUCCGUGGAGGCAUGCAGAUAUUUGUCAAGACCCUCACGGGCAAGACCAUAACCUUGGAGGUGGAAUCAUCCGAUACCAUCGACAACGUGAAGGCGAAGAUUCAGGACAAGGAAGGCAUUCCCCCUGAUCAACAACGUCUUAUCUUUGCCGGAAAGCAGUUGGAAGACGGUCGCACGCUUUCUGAUUAUAACAUUCAGAAGGAAAGUACUCUUCACCUUGUGCUGCGUCUUCGUGGUGGUUGUUAG